AUGAUGUCUUUUCACCCCCAGACCCCGCAAAGCCCCUCGCAUUUCUCGCCCAGUUCGAGUGAUCAAUCCACGAGCAUGUCAGGCUCCAUGAUUUCCACCACGACGACCUUGCCGACCCCAGCCCACAGCGUAAACGGCAGCUCCCUCGCCAACGACAUGUCGUUCACAGACAUUGUCAUGGGAGAGAACUCUCCCCAGAAGCGCAAGCGCACCGCCGACGAUGUAGGCGAUCGAGAGCAGAAGAAAGUCCACAUCGAGGACCGCAAACUUGGUAUUGACGACCUCCAUUUGGACGUUGGUGAAAAAUACCUCCUUUGCAGAUCUCAGCAUCAACCGCCUCGUCCUCAUCUGUCCGAAGACCUUUUCGAGAUGUUUGGUUUGGCGGAUCUUGCUGCUGAGUACGCGCGCAUUAAAGACGGCCAGAAGAAUGCUCUCCGCAAGACGUACAAGGGCCACAUCAAGAAGCUGGGAGUGCAAGGUCACUUUGACUCGGUGAAGACGGAUGAAAAGGACCCUGAGAGGAUAGAGUACCUCAUGGCCUGUCCCCAGGAAGAGUGGAACGCGCACUUUGUUAGAGGCAAGGAGAUCACCAGGGGUUUCUCGUCAGACAUGAAGAGCAAGAUGUCGAGGGCUGUUACUAUGAGCAGGGGGACCGUCCCUUCUACCCUUUGGAACAACUCGGUUCUUGGGGAUAUCGCAACGACCUCGUUGAAGGCGCACCUCAAUCAGCCGCCAUCCGCAAGACCCACGGCGCCGAACACCCCUUUGGCUUACGGGGGCCCAGCCAUGCAACGUGUGAAGCCGCAGACCCCCGGUUUCCAGGACAACCGGCCCAGGCGCAACAUCAAGAAGCGAGGCUACGGCGAUUCCAGUUUUGAGGGCUACGGCGAAGGGUACGAGGAUGAUGGCGGGUUGGAGACAGGAUACUCCACCGGCGAGGGUGACAUGGCCUCUGGGUUCAAGCGUCGCAAAAAGACUCAGCCCGGUACUCAGUCGUAUGCGCAAGGCCGGCAGCAGUCGGGCUAUGGCCAUCAUGGCGUGUCCGGGAUAUGA